AUGCAUCAGUCCCUGACUCAGCAGCGGUCUAGCGACAUGUCCCUGCCCGAUUCCAUGGGAGCCUUCAAUCGGAGGAAACGAAACUCCAUCUAUGUCACCGUGACUUUGCUUAUUGUGUCCGUGUUAAUUCUCACAGUUGGCCUUGCUGCGACCACCAGGACCCAGAAUGUGACUGUUGGAGGUUAUUACCCUGGAGUUAUUCUCGGCUUUGGAUCGUUCCUUGGAAUCAUUGGAUCAAACCUUAUUGAGAACAAACGGCAGAUGCUGGUGGCUUCUAUCGUGUUUAUCAGCUUUGGUGUGAUUGCGGCUUUUUGUUGUGCCAUAGUUGACGGGGUCUUUGCUGCCAGACACAUUGAUCUGAAACCACUCUACGCUAAUAGGUGCCACUAUGUCCCCAAGACAUCCCAGAAGGAAGCUGAGGAGGUCAUAAGUUCCUCAACCAAAAAUUCUCCUUCCGCGAGGGUUAUGAGGAACCUUACCCAGGCAGCUAGAGAGGUGAACUGCCCUCACCUCAGCCGUGGAUUCUGCACGCCUCGCAUCCGGGGCAACACCUGCUUCUGCUGUGACCUCUACAACUGUGGCAACCGGGUGGAGAUCACCGGUGGGUACUAUGAAUACAUUGAUGUCAGCAGCUGCCAGGACAUCAUUCACCUCUACCACCUGCUCUGGUCUGCCACCAUCCUCAACAUUGUCGGCCUGUUCCUGGGCAUCAUCACUGCUGCUGUCCUGGGAGGCUUUAAGGACAUGAACCCAACUCUCCCAGCACUGAACUGUUCUGUUGAAAAUGCCCAUCCAACUGUUUCUUACUAUGCUCGUCCCCAAGUGGCAUCCUACAAUACCUACUACCAUAGCCCUCCUCAUCUGCCACCAUAUUCUGCUUAUGACUUUCAGCAUUCCAGUGUCUUUCCAUCCUCCCCACCCUCUGGACUUUCUGAUGAGCCCCAGUCUGCUUCUCCUUCGCCCAGCUACAUGUGGUCCUCGAGUGCACCACCCCGUUACUCUCCACCCUACUAUCCACCUUUUGAAAAGCCACCACCUUACAGUCCCUAA